UCUGCCGUGGCUGUGGCGGGGUGGGGGCUGACAAGAUGGCGGCCGGCGGGGCUGGUGCGGCGCCGCCCGACAGCCGCCUGCUGCCCUACGCGCUGCACAAGUGGAGCUCCUUCUCCUCCACCUACCUGCCCGAGAAUAUAUUAGUGGAUAAGCCAAAUGACCAGUCUUCACGGUGGUCUUCAGAGAGCAACUACCCACCUCAGUACCUGAUUCUGAAGCUUGAAAGGCCUGCUAUAGUUCAGAGUAUCACAUUUGGAAAAUAUGAGAAGACUCAUGUCUGCAAUUUGAAGAAGUUUAAAGUCUUCGGUGGAAUGAACGAAGAAAACAUGACAGAGUUGUUAUCCAGUGGCUUAAAGAAUGAUUAUAACAAGGAAACGUUCACCUUGAAGCAUAAAAUUGAUGAGCAGAUGUUCCCCUGUCGAUUCAUUAAGAUAGUUCCACUUUUGUCCUGGGGACCCAGCUUUAACUUUAGCAUCUGGUAUGUUGAAUUAAAUGGCAUUGAUGAGCCUGAUGUGGUGCAACCGUGUCUCAACUGGUAUAGCAAGUACCGUGAACAGGAAGCCAUUCGCCUUUGUCUGAAACAUUUUCGUCAACACAACUACACAGAGGCUUUUGAGUCACUGCAGAAGAAAACCAAGAUUGCAUUAGAACAUCCAAUGUUGACUGAUUUGCAUGACAAACUUGUCUUGAAGGGGGACUUUGAUGCUUGUGAGGAGUUGAUUGAAAAAGCUGUCAACGAUGGUUUGUUUAAUCAGUACAUCAGCCAGCAAGAAUACAAGCCUCGAUGGAGUCAGAUCAUCCCCAAAAGCACCAAAGGUGAUGGAGAAGACAGCAGACCUGGAAUGAGGGGGGGCCACCAGAUGGUGAUCGAUGUUCAAACCGAGACAGUUUAUUUGUUUGGCGGCUGGGAUGGAACUCAAGAUCUGGCUGACUUCUGGGCAUACAGCGUGAAGGAAAACCAAUGGACUUGUAUUUCCAGAGACACUGAGAAAGAGAAUGGGCCCAGUGCUCGAUCCUGUCACAAAAUGUGCAUUGAUAUUCAACGAAGACAGAUCUAUACGCUGGGACGCUACCUGGACUCCUCUGUGCGGAAUAGCAAAUCUCUGAAAAGUGACUUCUACCGCUACGACAUUGACUCAAACACUUGGAUGUUACUAAGCGAGGACACUGCUGCCAAUGGAGGGCCCAAGCUGGUGUUCGACCAUCAGAUGUGCAUGGAUUCUGAAAAACAUAUGAUCUAUACAUUUGGAGGCAGAAUCUUGACCUGUAAUGGCAGCGUGGAUGAUAGCCGAGCCAGCGAACCACAGUUCAGUGGCCUGUUUGCGUUCAAUUGCCAGUGUCAGACGUGGAAACUUCUAAGGGAGGACUCCUGUAACGCCGGACCUGAAGACAUCCAAUCCCGGAUAGGACACUGCAUGCUUUUCCACUCAAAAAAUCGUUGUUUAUACGUGUUUGGUGGCCAGAGAUCAAAGACUUACUUGAAUGAUUUCUUUAGCUAUGAUGUGGACAGCGAUCAUGUGGACAUCAUAUCAGAUGGCACCAAGAAAGACUCUGGGAUGGUCCCAAUGACAGGCUUCACUCAGAGAGCGACCAUUGACCCGGAACUGAAUGAAAUACACGUCCUGUCCGGACUCAGCAAGGACAAGGAGAAGCGGGAAGAAAACGUCAGGAACUCCUUCUGGAUUUAUGACAUUGUGAGGAAUAGUUGGUCUUGUGUCUACAAAAAUGAUCAAGCGGCAAAAGAUAAUCCAAAUAAAAGCCUUCAGGAGGAAGAACCAUGCCCAAGAUUUGCCCAUCAGCUUGUGUAUGAUGAGUUACACAAGGUCCACUAUUUGUUUGGUGGAAAUCCAGGCAAAUCCUGCUCUCCGAAGAUGAGGUUAGAUGACUUCUGGUCCCUGAAGCUUUGUCGGCCUUCAAAGGAAUACUUGUUGAGGCACUGCAAAUACCUCAUAAGGAAGCACAGGUUUGAAGAGAAGGCCCAGACUGAUCCCCUCAGUGCUUUGAAAUAUUUACAGAAUGACCUGUAUGUAACCGUGGAUCAUUCGGACCCUGAGGAGACAAAAGAGUUUCAGCUCCUUGCUUCAGCUCUAUUCAAGUCUGGGUCGGAUUUCACUGCCCUAGGCUUUUCGGACGUCGAUCACACCUACGCACAAAGAACUCAGCUUUUUGAUACUUUAGUAAAUUUCUUUCCAGACAGCAUGACCCCUCCCAAAGGCAAUUUGGUUGACCUCAUCACACUGUAACUGAAGAGGAAUUGGACAUGGGAAAGAAGAGUAGGAGUCCGUUUUCAGUAUUUUUGUUUUCUAUUACGUUGAUUGACUGCAGGGCUGCAGUAAUACAGGAUUCUCCCACGUCUUUGAAGGGAUCUUACACCCACAAGUUUUACCCUUGUUUUCUCCUUUGUUUCACCCCACAGUUCUCAACCCACCCACCACCCCUACUGAAUUAGGCCAAUAAAGUGGAAUUGGAAUACUUCCAAUCUAUAUAUUUAUAAUAGUCUUCUGACUCUGACUUUUAAGAAUUAACGAAUGUAAAAAAAAAAUCAGGCAGUUGUUUUUUUUAUUUUAGGAGGAAAAUAAUUGUAUUUUAUGGGCUCACGACAACUGAAGACAUUUUUGUGUAUUGUUGGGUUUGUUCCCCCCCCCCCCCCCCCCCGGUCUCCCUCUCUCCUUUGCCUUGUAAGCAAUUGUCACCUGCUUUAUUUUCUGCCUUUAUUUGUAACCGUUGUGUAAUUCUGCAGGACACCUGCUGUAUGUUAGGGUGUGCGUGUGUGUGUGUGUGGACUUGACUUUUGUAGCUACCCUAUAUACUAUGAGAAAGAGCAGAGGGCUCCAAUUUCUGGUUCUUUUCUCAGAAAAAGUGAAUACAAUUGUAGUUCUUUCCAGGCACCUUGUCCAGAUUUGUUCAAAUCCCUUUCGAAUUUACUUACAUAAGUCUGUGUGACUGUAAAUCCUACUGUCACUCAUUGAAAGCCCCAAACUGAGAAGCUAAAGGUAGAAUUUGACCUUUCAGGAACAUUUUGAAAGAGCCAUCAGGAAGGUCCUGCGGAAGUUCAUGGGCAGUUCGUGUUCCUUGUGCAGAGGCCCCUCCUGAGUCACUUUGCAAAGCAGAAAGUGACACUGACUUUCCUUCUUGUAAGAGCUAGCAGAGCCAGGUCUUCCACAUUUGCUCUACCUCUGUGGCCCUUUUAUUUGGGGCCUCCAGGUUUCCCAGAGCCAGACCUGACUCCUUGUCCGUGCGUGGCAGUCCCGGACACCUGCUUCUUAGUGCCGAUCCUAUGAGGGGUAGUUCUGAGAAGUUCUGUUUGUCUUUGUGCGCCGCACCUCGGCAAUCAUUCCCUUAAGCCGGACACACCCUUUAAACAGGAAAAAAAGUAAAAAUCAACACCGUAGAAAUCAUUUUCUUUUGAAAAGCACACUGUAUGAUGUGGGCUUUGUUUUCCAAUAAGUUUUUUAUUGUUGUUGCAUGCCGGGCUUCAGAUUUGGUGCCACCCCAUCAGGACAGUUUGGUGCAGAAGAUCUGCUUGCAGAGUUUUAUAAUGUGCAGUUUGGACCAGAAAUGGGGAGUUUCCUCUCGGCUCUGUACGUAAAUGAAGGCUCAGCAUGGGGGUGGGGUAAAAAAAAAAACUACCAAAAAACCUGAAAAAUACUGAACUCAAUCCCACUUCCCUCCAUUAAGUUAGCUGCUCCUGGUGGGAAAACUGGGUUUUCAGAGCCCUAUGACUCUAGGACUUAGACUUUCAGACCCCUCUUCUCUUUCUCCAUAGUAGUUGCAUUCAAUUCUGUUGGAAAGCAGUAGAAAUAGGUUUUCUUAUAGAAUUAGGAGUAGUGUUUUGGGCUAUUUGACUUAACAAAUUCCCUAAAGCAAUCAGCAGAGGUUUUGUAAAUUAAGCAGUUAGAUUUACAUCUUAGCUUGUGAGCAGAUUACAUAUUUAGAUUUUUUUUUUAAUUAAUGGUAAGAUAGGUCAUCUGCCAAGUAAGUGUAGUUCAUUAAGUACCAAAUUGUGUAUCUGCAGAAUGAUCAGCCAGCUCUACAGUGAAGUCAGUGCAAUCUACUGAACGACUAGUGCCGUUCUCGAUCUUCUCGAGAGAUGGCCGUUUGAAACAAGAUGUAAACUUCGCCAACCAUUUAAUUCUGUUGCAACCCACUGGAUCUUGUUAGGUUCAAAGAAAAAUGUGGAGCCGGGCUUUAAGGUGGCUAUAUUUUUACCGUGAGCUAGGCUGUUGAGAAAGUUCCUAGUAGAAAGUCAUGUUCUGCUUGUUGUGACUCUGUAUUCUGGCACUUUAGACUUUUAACCAAAUGAAGCUGCAGCCCUCUAUUGGUCACGUCUGCAGUGCCAUGCCCCGUAGACACUGUAUAGCAUUGCUUCUGCUUUGUCUCUUUCAGCAAAAUUACUCGUCCAUAACCUGAACCAACUGAUUGUUUUCCCUCAAUAGCCACUUCCUACCACUACCCGGGCAGCUCUGGGAAGCAUUGGGCUGAUUUGUUUCGGGUUUUGUUUUUUUUUUUGGUUUUGUUUUUUUUAUUUGAGAUAGGUUUUUCCUUUUGUAGUAUUGCUUAAGAUAUUUUAUUUGAAUGUGGUUGAACCCAAAAUGACCAUUUGGAGUCCAGCCCCAUUAGAGCCUUUUAUGGAGAAAGAGACAGAUUGGAAAUGGGAUGGAUUUAGGGUGCGUUGUUGGUCGUAAUCUCAAUGGGAAAUGGAUGUCUUCAUUAUUUUCUGUACCCAAGUUUGAUUCGCAUUGUGCACUUUUUUUAAUCUGUCAAAGCUAAGUAACUCUGAUUUGGUCCUGGCAGACGUGGGCAGUCAGUGGUUGUAUGUAUUUCCAAUGAAUGAUACAAGUGACGUAAUUUGAAUGGAGAACGCAAUUAGGCAAUUAGGCGCACCGUUUAGAUUGUCUAGCAUAAAUGAGUUACUUGAAAUGUCUAAUUCUAUACCUCUACUCUAGUGCUUCCUGCUUUGGAACACCUGGAUCAUAUCCCACCGUGAAUGGAGUGCUUUAAAAGUCCCAAACGUCGACAUUGUUGUGCUGUAACCCCUGGUAGAUUUGUGGCCUUUCCCAUUCCCAAUUUCCACAUGUACACAAGGCAAGUUAACCUCGCUUCUCUCCCCUGUGGGGUUCUGGUACUCUGAAUUGAGGUUGAGCUGCGCAUCUGACCCUGCUCCUCUCUUGGUGGGGGAACAGCAAUGCACGUGAAGCUCUCAUUUUGGCGGAGCCACAGAGACAUCGUGUGGCCAGUGUAGUCAAUUCAAAGUUGACAACAACUUUGGACAAAUUGAAGAGGAAGAGCCUGAAUAACAUAAGGGGACUGUAGCUUCUGAAGCUAGCUCUCCUUGUUAAUCCUGGCAGCCGGUCUUUAUUUGAAUAUUAAACCGGUCACCUUGUAGGGCUCCCUUGUCUGGUUGGCUUGUCUGUCACGUGUCUUCUCUAGCUGAUGAAAAUGGAUGGAUAACAGCCUGUUUCUUUUCCAAUUAAGGAUUAGAAAUGUCAAUCAAUUUCAGAGCACAGCUUGAAUAAUUUGAACCAUUGUCGAGUUGUGUGCAUGGGUGGAAUAGAUAAAUAAUCUAUACAGUAAUAUGUCCAUUUUGAACUGAUUGUCAUUCCAGAGACUUCCCAUCCUAACAAUUUUACAGAGCCACCCAGAGAUCAAAUUCCAUUUCAGAGAAGGAACUUCGAAAACACAUACAGCCAAAAUUAGCAUAGAAAUAAGCUUGAAACUUUCAGAUCACCUUCCAUCCAGUAGUUGAUCUUGUGGUGAAUGUAAGAAUGGUGCUUAGCGGGUUGAAAGGCAGUUACUCGAGAGCCUGGUUUUUGACUUAGGAGCUCUAAACCCUCCUGUGUUUACAUAGUGAUUACAUGUUGAAUUUUCCCUGUAAUUUGUGUAUCUCCACAUGGCAUCUAUAGGAUAAUUGUAGGUCAUUUAAUCGUAUGGUGAAUCGAGGCAGUUUACAUAAAAGAUGAGUGUUGUAAAACAAAAAUGUUGUCACCUCUUUAGCCAAUUGAAUAUUUUGUUCCAAUGACUCUGGUCCCCAAAGCGUCAAUCAGCUCGUCGGUUUUUCUUGACUUCUUGGUUUUACAGGGAGCCAGGGAGGAAGUGGGCAUGGAGAGACUUUGUACCAACAACUUGAAAAGAUUGUAGUGCCUGCUCCCUUUAGAGCAGUGCACCAUUUCUGGCCCUUUCUAACCAAUAAAGCCUUUAGUAGGUAUCUCUCUUCUCUCUUUCUCUCUCUCCCCGCCCAUCCCCUAGUCUUAGCACUAACAGAGAUUGAUCUUUUUGUUUAGAUCAGUUCUGCUUUGGCUUAAACGAUCUCCUUGAAGUAAACAUAAGUUCCAGGGAAGUUAUUUGAUUUGUCUGAUUUUUGUAGUUUGAAAGAUCCCAAUGCCUCCAUCUUGGCAGUCUUUUAGCAGUUGAAAGUGGUUGCAGCAAGAUUCUUUGAAGUGAACAGAAACAGUUGAAAAGGGUCUGUGAAUUUGACCAAAUGAAAUUAUUCUAACUGUGUUUGAAUUUCAUAUCACGGCCAGUGUUUAUCUCUCUCAGGCUGUUGAUUGAACUGUAAGAGUUUUCUGUCUCAACUGUCUCUUAAGGGGAUAGGAUUGAGGGAAGUCUCUUGGUGCUGUACUUGUCAAAAUUCGAUUUUAAGAUCUAAGCGACUUUGGAAACUGAAGAUUGUUUCCCUUUGUUUCUGAUUGGUUCUUCCAUCUCCGUGAAGAUUUGUGGAGGAUUUUCCCAUAAAUCCUGGCCUGAUGCUAAGAAAAUAAUGAAAACUCCUUACAUUUUCCUUUUUACGCAGACAGAGCAGGAAAGAUGCUAUAUAAGAUUUAGGGCCCAUUUAUACUGGUUUGGGCAAUUGUAUUUUGCUUUAAGAAACGAAUAUUGGGUAAGUCUAAGUACAGGAUCUGCUUUAGUCCACUCUAAAGGUUAAAACACAGGCAUAGAAUUCUGGUCAGGUGUAUUUUUGCCAUCUCCCUACCAUAUUCUCAGCACCUUUUCUCCUGACCCUGCUAAUAGGUGAGUAUUAAGAGUACCUGGAAGUAUUGUUCCUUACUAGUCUUCCUGCAUUUCAGAGCAGCUACAAGAGGAAAUGGAUUUUCUGUGACUCAGGAAUUUGCUGCUUUUUAUUUCCCGACAACUCUGAAAUCGAUAAUAUUUUUAGUCAGUUGUAUUUUUAAAGAUCCGGGUGAGGCUACUUUUGCUUAUUAAAGUAGAAGGAUGCUGGGAAUUUUGUUAUAAAUCUGAUUAAGCAGAGGCCAUUCCCAAUGAGAUCAGAGCACAGUGAGAACCAUAUGAAAUGCCCCAAGCUCACUCAGGUGCUCUCUCUCCCAGAAAACAAUCCUUAGGUGCCAAUUUUCAGAACUUAAAAUUAAAGCUCAGAUUCUGAAUAAGAGCUUAAUGCAGAAAUUUCUAAGAUGCCCAAGUACUAGAAUAUAAAACAUUCCCCUUCAUUGAAAAUAAAAUACAUUGCAGUUUCUUCCCAGUUUUGCUCAAUUUGAGUGACAAAAUUUAACUAUAUAAUCAAAAUCAUUUUUCUGUUCCCGGUUCAACAGAUUUGACGGGGAAAUAUGGGGUCCGGGGAAAUGGGCCAAUUCUGCAUGAAGGGAAAAAAGGUAAAUUUCCUUUUGAAAUAAUCCCUCCCAUCAGAUUGAGAUGGGCCAUUACAGACUGGGAGGGAUACUUAUAAUCUCCCUGGAGGCCUUUCUCUAGCCAGCCCUUUGGAGUUUAGGGUUCAUCUGGGGGAGGUGGCAAGAGACAGCUGUCCCUGUGACAAGUAUGUGAAAAACACCAUGUGGUCUGAACCCAAGAACAGGAGCCAAGAAAUCCAGACUCUAAUCCUGUCUCUGCCAUAUUCACCCACAUCCACUGCUUGAUGCCUACCGUUUUCUUGCCUUUAUAUGGGAUUGGUGAUUUGUCUUCUCAUAAGGAAGAAAUCAUGGUGAGGCAUCCUUUGAGGGGGUUAAAGUCUGGCAGAAGAGUUUGAAAGCAUUAGCAUCAAUUUAACGGCAAGGAAGUCCAGCGCUCACCUUCUCCUUGUUGGUUCCAGUGUUUCGUGGAAAGCAGGUUACUGGUGACCCGGGCUCAGGACCUCAUCAUUUUGCGGAGCCCUUUGUGAGGAGUUAGAUGUGAACGUGCUGGCCUGUUGUAUGUAACCAUGGGAUUUUUCUGCUGUCCACUUGGUUUAGACCCCUCUGGCAGUUUGCUCUGAGCCAUCUGGGUUGUAAUCGCUUGUGGCAGUCUGUGCUGUCUGCCUCGUUAACACCAGCUUGAGGAUAUUGCCGUUCUUCAGUUCUGUUCCUUGCUUCCUUAGCGCCAAACUAAUUGGCAAAGGAGACAGACCGAGAGACCUGAUUAACAUGGGUGCUCAUGUGGCCAGUGCCAAGCUUCAUUUUCAUGUGUUGUUUGAUAACUCCCAAGAAAGUCCAUGUCUAAAAGGCAGCCUACAGUCAGUCUACAUUUUCUGGCCCUUCUGUUCUUUUUUUGUCUUAAUGCCAUCAUUUCUUGACCUAGAGGGAUGGUAUAGUCCUCAUUUCAAAAUAAAAGAGUGUAUUUAGCCCUCAAAACCCUGGUCCCUCCACUGCUUUUUCUCCUGCAGCAGAACAGAUGGAUUGGGGUCGGCCACAUUACAACGGGGAAGGCUGGGAACCCCUGCCACAUCUGAUAAACAUUGUGAACUUUGGGAGCACGCUUCAUUCGUUCAGGAAAUGCCUCUGCCUCCCUCAAGCUUCUCUUCUAGCCCAAUCAAAGACUUCGAAGAGCUACACCAAUUCCCCUUCAGGAGGGUAUCAUUAUUUUACAAUGCCACGAUGUACCAGGCCAAAACAGCUGGCCGGUCGGCCACUCCCAUACUUAGCCUGUGGUCUGUUCACUUUCUUGUUGCUCUGUUGAUCCGUUUAUUUUGAGGGGGAAGUAAGGGGUGUGUGACCGAGUCUAGGUUCCCUAGUUUUUGUUUUAAAAGCAUUAAAGCAUUUUAAAGCAUUGUUUAGCAGGUGACAUCUGGGCUCUUGCAUUCUAGAAACUCAGCGGGAAGUUGUCAUCUGUGGGUGUGUGGAGUGGCUAAAAAGUUAUUAUAGAUAGUUAUUUUAUAGAUCAGUUAUGAGCAUGUUGACUGGCCCAGGGGAAGGGCCAUGCAGUCUGGAACUUUAGAUAAUAAACAGGUGAAAUUGCACAAGCAGCAUCUCGUGGCCACCAUUGAUAAUGCCAAGACUUGCCAAAUUGAGUAGUGGUCUCUGUCUAGACAGUAAGAUGGGCAUUGUCAUCAAGAGGUUCUGGUUGUUGUCCCUUGGAGUGUUGUAGGUUUUCUUUGAGAGGUGGGGAGGUUCCCCUGCUGGACUCCCUCUUUUCGGUCAGAUGGGUUCUGCAUAAAGUUGAAACAGUCUUCUUGUCAGUGGUGAUGAUAACAUGUUUCUGGCCCAGUGUCCCCUGACCAGUAGAUUCACCCCUUGAGGCAUUCCUUGAGCCAGGCUCCUGGUUUCAGGUACCAGUGAGAUGCCAUCAACAAUUGGAAAGUCUCCCUGUUUUUAAGGGAAAGACUUGGAUUUGGAGACUUUUAAACGCACAGUAUUUUUCUCUCAUGUGGAGUACCCAGCUCGCAGCCUCUGGAUAAACUUAUGAUAAACCUGUCCUCUGCUGGCUGCAAGUGUUUGUCCAGUUAGAUUAGAGUGGAGCUCUUUAGGGGUGGAAGAGGGUGAUUUUUAAAAACUUAAUGGUGGGAGCUAUCUCACUGUGUCACCUUGUCUUGAUAUCCCUCCCCGGUGUCACAAGCCUACUCAGAAAGCAGAGUAUAGUACAGCACUGAGGGCCUCAGCGCAGGAAGCCGGAGAAGGAAAGCAGGGGGUGGACACCGUGCAUCCUAGUCUGGAUUCUUGGCUUUGACAGAGGCAUAACUUGGGCACAAUAUUAGGAGCAGAGAGGCCAAUUCUGGUCUUCCCCCUUCUCCAUGGAGCCUUGUUAGAGCUUCUAAUGCUUUCAAAUGGUUAUAGAUCCCCUGGAUACAGGAGGAAAGGAGAAUCUGACCCAAUCAGAAAGAUGCCGCUAUAGCCAGAGGCAUCCUGUCUCCAACGUCAACUUUGUAUCUCUGUCAUCAUCUUCCCGCAGCAGGAGAGACCUGCCAUUUCUGGGAGGUGUGCAGGGCUUGAAAGACAGUUGCUGUCUGGGUGGGGGCCCUCCACCUCCUCACCCUUUAGAAAACACAGGCUGCUUUAUUGACUCUCCAGCAGUUCCCUCCACCCCAUCUCCUAGUGCAGCUAAAAAUUCGAAUUAACUGGGCCAGCUCGAAACUAGUGGUGUCAUAGAACUGUUCUUCCUCAAGUUCAUGUGUCUAACCUGUAUACUUCUAAGCAUCGGCUGUUCCCAUCUAAAGGAGGAUUUUGCGGUCAUUUCACUCACUACAGUCCUGGAUUCCAGGUAGCACUCACAUCCUGGACACCAAAAUCCCCAGGGAGCUGCCAGGUUGGGAUGACCUAACGUGAAUAAUUCUAUUUCCUGGGCACCGUCGGAAGCCUCGAAGCCACAGGUUAGGCCUUGCUGAUGGAAUCUUUGCAGCAUCAGACUCCAGGCUGUCCAGAAGGUGCAGGUGGUGAUAGCCAAAGGUUGAGUUAAAAAGCUUUUGGUCACCAGCUUCCUUGCCGGGACAUUUCUGGGUAACUGGGUGCUUCAUCACCUCCUGCUGUGUCCCCACCCCAGCCAAUCCUUCAGCUGAGGCAUUGGGAUGGUGCUGAACAGGAUUUACCAUGCAACUGAUCAGUUCCCGGGAAUGUCGAGUCCUUGAGCCCAGUUGUGAGUCUUCUGGGUGUGUGGCCCUGGGCACAGGCAGCCCUCGGUGAUUUCCACCUCCCCGUGUGCCGUCGCAUUCUCAGAGCUCCCCAAAAGUGCCGGCCGAUCCCAGCCUGACACAGAGAUUUUAGGGAGUGGCCCAGCUGCCUUCGGUGAGGCUACUUCUCCAGUCCUUCUCUGCCUUGGUUCCCAUCACUCUAGUUCUGGAGGCCUUUGGUUUUCUCCAGGUUUGGGGAGCCAGGGCGACACACCUCUGACAUUUCUCUCCUCCCUAGCAUUAGUGAGGCCUUCCAGGGGGAACUUUUCCGGGCCUCUCUGCAGCUGAUGGAGUCAAGACCAGCAAGAGUACCACAUAGGGCCUUUGGGGAAGCAGUCCGGUUCCAGGGAACAGGGCAAGGAGCCCAGCCACGGAGGGAAGCUUCAAAAUAAAGCCUGCAGCCUCUGUUUAAAAUCUCUGAGAUGUCCAAAUGCCUCCCCCUGCAUCCUAUUCCAUUGGGUCUGAAGGCUUGCGAGAGCUGCUGUGCUCUUUCCUUAGCUUGGGCUUUCAAGGCCAAUCCACCAACUCCUCGGGGCCCUGUCCCCUCCUUAUUCCUGGCCCCAUCCCUAGAGAUUACCCAAUGCUCUAGCGUCCUCCCUGCCCAACUCUGGAUUUUUAGAAGGCACCCAGUCUCCCGCUUAAUUGGUGGCUGCUGGUUGGGUGGCAUUUGAGCCGUCGAUCUCCACUCUAAUUUUUAUAGGGGAGGCGAGCGGGGCCAGUGAUUCCAAGAUCAUGGAAAUGGUUCAUCGUGUCUGGAGGGUGUGGAUGGUAUGGUGCCCCCAAGUAGCAAGCUUUCAUCUCUUCUGUGAUUUCCAGACACGAAGUACACUGCUCUACCAUUGUCGCUGGUGUCGGGAAAGAGAUCAUACCCAGGGCCUCUUCAUCAAUCUUCCUGAAUCAGUCCUUGCCACACAAGACAGGAAUGAAUUCUGUGCCGUGGUGCUACGCUGCUGCUCAAACCACUACCACUCUUCUUGAUAACUUUCCUCUCUCCUCCCCCGUCCUCCUCCUCCUCCUCCCUCCCCAACCUCAAAUUUUUUGCCUUCUGCAACUGUACUAGCCUUUGGUGCUUUGGGUCUUGGGCCUUCAGAGCCCCCAGCACUACUGAACAUCGGAGUGCAAGUGGGAUUUUCUAAACUGCUAGGAAUCUAGUUUUCACAAGGUUAGGUGUAGAAGCUUGGCAUUUAGGGAGAGGCGAGCUACACGAUAGACCCAAAACACUCAUGUCGGUAGAAGUCAGCACUGCUCUCUCCGUUUCAGACAUUCAUGCUGAUGACUGAAAAAUCUUCUGGGAUUGAGGAUGAUGGGGAAAGGGGAGACCCGAAAACCCCACAUCCUUGUUGUAUCUCCUGCGGGAAUGACUCCCUGAGGAUGGCAUAAAGGGCAUUGCCCUGACCCUCUCUCUCCCUGCCACUGACCUAUGGGAUACCAGCCAGGAGCUCUUGAGCGUCGUGGACAGUGGCCGGGUUUAUGGGGAGAGUGUGGGGAGAUGUAGGGUGCUGAGUCCUCUUCUGGUCUGUACAGUCCGUGCUGCGAUGUCCCCCUCAGCUGUUCUGAGUCUCCCUUUUCUCCGGCCUGAGUGGAAUGUUAAUUCAGAUUUUUUUUUUCCUGAGCACAAAUUAUUUUCUGAUCCCAGGUUUGGUAAAUAUGUAAGCACUACUCUGUGAAUAAACGAAUGGGUGAUAUGACGAGCAAUUACCAAUGUAGAAUUAUGUUGUAUGUAAUGUAUAUAUGGAGAAAGAAUGUAUUUUGUUCAUUUUUUCUUAAUAAAAAGUUAUAUAUGGGAA